ACUGGCAACAGGUCUUGUUGCUCUGGGGGACAAACUGUACGUCAGACAACAAAAAAGCUCUUUCAAUAAAUCCGUGCAGAGACAUUAUCUCACAUGGCUACAGUCAUCAGUUGGUGACACACAGUUGGUUCCUAUUUUUGUGUGGUUUAUUUUUUUUAUUAGGGAGGACUCAUUUUCAGAGGCGUAAUAAAGAUGAUUAAGAUCAUGAUUCAGCAUGCGAAGAAACAUCCAGGGUUAAUCCCUCAGUUUUUCUUCAUUACUCUGGGCAUCUCAGGGGCCAUGCUCUACCUGAUCCGACUGGCAAGAGGGCCCCAUGUCACCUUCUGGGACAAAAAGAACAACCCUGAGCCCUGGAACAAGCUCGAUCCGACCUAUCAGUACAAGUUUGUUGCCGUCAACACGGACUACAAGAGCCUGAAGAAGGACAGACCUGACUUCUAAAGGUCCUCCACGCAAGUGCAGGGACACCAAGUUCAGCAGGACCUCCACUUCCAGCUGUCACCUCACCUCAUGUGAAACUUUUAUGCACAUUUAACCCUGCCUAUGCCUCUGCAAACACAACUCUGAGCUAAUAAUGCAAACAAACAAACCUUUAAAGGUACCAUGACAUCCCUGUAAAAACCACUCCAUGUAGUUGAUAUUGCUGCAUGUGUAAAUUCUCCAAAGAAUUUCAACUUGUUUUGUCAGGCCAAAUGUCCCUCCUCAGUAAAAGGGUUAGUUGUGGUAUUUAUGGAGUUUAGUUUACGUUUCAGCAUUAACAGCCUAUAGUUUUUAAUGCCUACCCCUGAUUGGGGCCUUAGGUUAUAUAGAUUCACAUAUGUUUAUUCUGAAUAGAAGUAACAUUACUGCUUUGGAGUCAAGCUUUAACAAUAUAGAUCAUCUGUGGAGUGAACGAAGGAUUAGAGUUGUGGGCAGGAGCCUUUUGAACUUUAAAGACUUGAGUUUGAUUGUUGGAAUACCAAUUACAACAAUCAACAAUCCCUUUGUCAUUGAGAAAGGUGUGACUAAUCUGACAUGUUAUUUGUUUAAAAUGUAAAAAACAGAAACCCUAAACAUUGUCUUAGCUUUUUGAAAGACACCUUUGUAAUUUUUGAAAUAAAAUUUAAUAAAAAAA